AUGCGGGAACACCCGGGUCAGCCCCUCCGCUCCCAUCCCCGGGAUAUGCGGGAACACCCGGCACGACAGAACUCGGAGUGCAGCGUUUCCUCCGGUUCAUCCUUGUGUUCCGAUCCUGGGAAUGUUCCAGACCAGCACAAAACCCCAGGGCUACCUGAAUUAAUUGAUAAAAGUUGGUGGAUAAGAAGCUUUUUCCAUUGUGAACCGUCUCUACCAACUGUUGGCAGAAAAAUGCUAUCGGCGAGCAG